UGGGAGUUGAAAUGAAAACCUUUGGGAAAGGCAGAAAUUCACCGUUUGUAGUGAUGAAUUAGGAUUUCUUUCACAGGAAUAACAGCAGAUACAGACACGGUGGACUCGACAUGACGUAAGGUCCCUCAUAACGUGUCUUUACAUCAAUAUCUUCAAGGAGGGUCAGGCAGCAUGGCAGACGGGGAGGAGGCGAUGAGCCAGGAGGACUGGAAGGAGAAGUGUGUGGUUCUGGAGGCGCUGCUCAUGAAGUUCAGAGUACAGAUCAUCAAGAUUCGAGAACUUACUGCAGACAAGAUUCAACAGCUGGAAAGACAGGUGAUUGAUGCAGAGAAACGGGCCUUCACUGCUCAGCAGCAGGUGCAGUGGAUGGAGGAGAAGCUCAAAGCUCCAGAUGGUCCAUCCGGAGACUCAGAGGUGCGUUUGUUUCAACAGUGCCAGGAGCUGCAGGCCUUAGUGCAGGAGAAGGAGGACGUCAUCGCCCAGCUGGAGCAGCAGCUGGAGGAGCAGAAACAAAUCAGACUUCAAGAUGCCAAAACAGUGGAGGAGAAAGCAGCUAAGAUCAAGGAGUGGGUGAUGCUGAAGUUGUCGGAGUUUGAGGUUGAGAAUGCAGCAUUAAGAGAAACCAACAAGCAACAAGAGGCUCAGAUUUUGGAGCUACAGAAACAAGUACAAGUGUUUGAGCAGAAGUGUGGUGGUGGACGAGGAGUCCUUUGCAGACCAGGAGAGGCCCAGCGUCUCAGCAGCCUGACGUUUGGCUGUUUCCAAGUGAGAGGGAAAAACCCCCAGGUCCUUACUGGACCAGCACCAUCCCAGAGGACCCUCAGCACACAGGGAGAGACUGAGGGCAGAGACAAAACUGAGAAGAGUAGCAAGCAGACAGCCUCCUCAGGGACAGAUGUUGAAGUCCACAGACCAAACCAUACUGGCCUGGUGUGUCCACCAGUAGAGGACAGCAGUGCAUAUGAGAACCCUGGUGAGAAUGCCUGUGGACCGGAGUCUCGCUGUGUCUCAUCUGUGCUCUCCAGUGCUGCAUCAGAGGGGGAGGGAGGCAGAGGGAGAGUGUGCGGCUUAGAGUUCAGCCGGCCUGGCAGCGACACCUACCUGACUGCUUCUGACGACAGCAGCUCUCUGUUUGACGAUGACAUGCAGCGAGCCGAGCGUCUCGGCAUUAGCCUGCUGGAGUCAUCAGACGGAACGCUAGCAGGGUGUAAGGAGGGGGAGGAGGAGGGACACGGGGCUAAGCUGGAGGACUGCACCUCUGAGGAGCUCAACAAACGAUUCCAGUCUCAGAGGCUUGACUCCUCGUCCUCCUCCAGUGAGCCGAACACCCCCAGCCCCAUCCUCACACCAGCCCUCACCCCUAAGCGACCCAACCCACCCCAGGACCCAAGAGACAACCCCGCCUCACCCAAACAGCCCCGCCUUAGGACCCCAGCAGGGUUCGGGCUGAUGAACGUGUCCCUGGCCAAGAAACACCUGAGCCAGCCACCAAUCAGCAGUGAGGCCACACAUGGUCAAACACGCAACGCCCUCAGCAUGCUGCGCCCCCUACGGCCACAGGAAACCGACCUCGACCAGCAGCAGGAGGUUGGCAUGGAGACAGGCAGGGACACACCUCCACAAAUUCCUCCCAGCUCACAAACCACCAUGCCAUCCUCACAGACCUCAUCUGAACCCGGGACAGAGAUUAGCUCAGUGAGGUCUGACUGUGACGGCUCAGUACCUGGCAGCAAACCUCCGACUCCACCUUUACACAGGCUGCCCUCCUGGGAAAGUCGUAUCUAUGCUGUGGCUAAAUCAGGAAUCAGACUGUCUGACACGUCCUGCACAGACCCUGCUAGCAAAGAUCCCUCCCUGCAGUCCUCUUAUCCUGCCUUUGUAACGUACACAUCCCUCAUUUAUAAAAACAUGACUACACCGGUUUACACUACUCUAAAGGGGAAAGCCACUCUGUUGAGCAGCAGUCCGUUCUCAGAUGAAUCAUCCAGCUCUGAGGAGUCAUCCAGUUCAGGAGAGGAGGAUGGUUCCCUCUGCAGCUCCCACACCUCCUCCAGCUCCAGAAAGGACAGCAGCCCGGGCAGCCCGCGCUCUCUCAAGAGGGCUGUGUCUAUGGCUUCAAUGACAUCAGAGAGUGACUACGCCAUCCCUCCUGAUGCGUACUCCACUGACACUGAAUGCUCUGAACCUGAACAGAAACUGCCCAAGACCUGCUGUUCAUCCAGUGACGACGGCAAGAGUGAGCCAAUGGAGAAGUCAGGCUACCUGCUGAAAAUGGUCAAGACCUGGAAGAAAACCUGGAAGAGACGCUGGUUUGUCCUCAAAGAUGGAGAGCUGCUCUACUAUAAGUCACCUAGUGAUGUGAUCAGGAAACCUCAGGGUCAGAUUGAGGUCAACGCCACCAGCAGCAUCGCCCGAGGUGAAGGGAAACAAGUUCUCCAGAUAGUGACGGGGAAGCGUGUUUACUACCUGAAGGCCGACUCUCCCAACCUGCUAGAGGAGUGGCUGCGGGUGCUGCAGAGUGUUCUGAGGGUGAAGGCCGCCAGUCCUCUCUUCACUCAGCCAGAUAUUCGCCCUGGCAUGAAGGGACUGCUCAUCAAGGUGAAGCACGGCUACUCUAAGCGGGUUUGGUGUGCUCUGAUUGGGAAAACAUUGUACUACUUUCGCAGCCAAGAGGAUAAGUUCCCGCUGGGUCAGAUUAAGCUGUGGGAGGCCCGGGUGGAGGAAGUGGACAGGUCAAGAGAUUCUGAUGACGACCUGAUGGCGUGUGGGCGGGGCUUACAGGUGGCAGCCUUCACCAUUGCUAUCCACCCACAGGAGCAGGGACCGACCUACCUGCUCAUUGAAUCCCGUCAUGAAAAGGAUUCAUGGCUGUACCAUCUGUCUGUGGCAGCGGGCACCACAGUGGGUAAAGUCGGCACUGAGUUCGAGCAACUGGUGGGAAAACUCUUCCAGCUGGAUGGAGAUGCAAACUCUCAGAUUUGGAGACAUCCCGUGUUGUGUUUCAGUAAAGAAGCUCUGUCAUCUCCUCUCACCACCCUGCCCUCACAGGCCCUGCAGACAGAGGCUGUUAAACUCUUCAAGACAUGUCAGCUGUUCAUCAAUGUGGCCAUCGAUGCUCCAGCCAUCGACUACCAUGUAUCUCUGGCCCAGAGUGCCUUGCAGGUGUGCCUUGCCCACCCCGAGCUUCAGAAUGAGUUCUUCUGCCAGCUCAUCAAGCAGACCCGCAAGAGGCAGCCACACGGCCAUCCAGGACCACUGCAGGGCUGGCAGUUUCUAGCCUUGUGUGUCGGCCUGUUUCUGCCUCAGCAUCCUUUCCUCUGGCUGCUCCAGGUUCACCUCAAAAGACAUGGAGAUGCCAGGACGGAGGUGGGUAAAUAUGCCAUCUACUGCCAGCGCUCUAUGGAGCGGACCCAGCAGAAAGGUGAGAGGCAGUCCAGGCCGUCCCGUAUGGAGAUCCUGUCUAUCUUGCUGAGGAAUCCAUAUCACCACUCCUUGCCCUUCAGCGUCCCCGUGCACUUCCUCAACAACACAUACCAGGUUGUGAGCUUUGAUGCUUCAACAACGGUGGAUGAGUUCCAGUGUCGCCUCAACCAGGACACUGGCAUGAGAAAAACGGGACUGUCUGGUUUCAGCCUGUACACCGAUGACCCUACAGGACGAGAGCUGGAACACUGUCUGCAAGGAGGCAUCAAGAUCUGUGACAUUAUCUCCAAAUGGGAGCAGUCAUCUAAAGAGCAGCACACCGGAAAGUCAGAAAACACCAGGACUGUCCGCCUCACCUACAAGAACAGGCUGUACUUCUCUCUCCAGGUGAGGGGGGAGUCAGAAAGGGAGAGGUUGCUGCUGGCUUAUCAGACCAACGAGGCCAUUGUAGCAGGACACUUUCCUGUCAAUAAGGAACUGGCUCUGGAAAUGGCUGCCCUGCUCGCCCAGGUGGAGUUUGGAGAUUUUGAGCGUCCCUUCUCCGCAUCUGGAUCAGCCCAGACUAAGUCUAAUCAAACCCUGAAGCAGGUUUUGGACAGAUUCUACCCAAAACAUUACCGCAGGACCACAACCGAGGAGCAGCUCAGACAAUUGCUGCAGCGUCUCUCUACCCGCUGGGCUUCACUCAGGGGACGAAGUUCAUCUGAGUGUGUCAGGAUCUACCUGACUGUUGCGAGGAAGUGGCCGUUCUUUGGUGCCAAACUGUUUGAAGCAGGGUCUAUCACUCCCUCUCCAGAGCUGAGUGGACGUGUUUGGCUGGCCGUGCAUGAAGAUGGUAUCAGCGUUCUGGAGCAUAACUCCAUUGUAAGCUGCUAUUUACAGUCCCUCACAGCUGUCUAG